AUGAGGAGGUAUUGGAACCCUCAGGAAGAUGACCUGCUUAUAGAACUUUAUACAACUUUGGGUCCUGCGUGGGGAUUGAUCUCGCGUAAUAUGAAAACAAGAACUGCAAGGCAGUGUUCUGAAAGGUGGUACAAUGCAUUGUACCCCGGCAUCGAUAACAGUCCACUUGACUCAUUCGAACGUAACACUAUUGAAACUAUGUAUAAUAUUUACGGACCUAAAUGGAGUAGGAUUGCCUCAAGUCUUCCUGGCCGUACACCAAGGAUGGUGAAAAGUUUUUGGUAUCAGACAAAGCGGGCUGAAUCUCGCAUUCGUCAGCAGAUGUCCAUAGAACGCCUACUUGUCUAA